AUGCCCUCUAGUUUGGAGUAUAGAGAUAAAGAGAGGCAGAGAAAACGAGAAAGUAGGCGGCAAGCAAGCCAAGCUCAACGAGAGAGAGAGCGGCAGAGAGCUAGAGAAAGGAGGCGAAACUGCUCUGACGAGCAACGGGAGAGGGAGCAAGAAAGAAACAGAGAAAGGAGGCGCAAUUUUACUGACGAGCAACGGGAGAAAGAGCAGGAAAGGGAUAGAGAAAGGAGGCGCAAUUUUACUGAUGAGCAACGGGAGAGAGAACAAGAAAGGGAUAGAGAAAGGAGGCGCAAUUUUACAGAUGAGCAACGGGAGAGAGAACAGGAAAGGGACAGAGAAACGAGGAAACAUUUUAGCGGGGCUCCCGCGCGCGCGAAGCGCGCGUGGGACAGAGCCCCAUACCCAUGGAAUAUGGUCAACCUCUUUUCGUUUGGUUGUCACGUGAUUGACCGAGCGUACGUACGUACGUACGUACGCGUCUACAGAUUGUAUGGGUGGGGUAGGGGAGACUAUCAAAAGGUAGGGAGGGGUGUCUCAGGCGUGUCUUGGCAAUUCCACAUCUUUAAUAUAGGACAUUAACAAUAUGGUCAAUUGACAGCUGUCCAAACAGGAUAGCCACUGACCAGUAUCCCAUGACCAUAUCGCGGGCUCAUGUGUCAAGUCAUCGAGGUGACGUGAUUUAUUUGGAAGCUGUCCGCUGACCAGUUAACUGUUUUACUAGAUCGCGAACAACGUUCAAUCUCAUACUUUUACUAGUUUGGGAGCACAGGAAAACUGAUAAUGCACACAUAUGGACAUCAAUGUUUUGAUCAAUUGACAGCUGUCAAAACAGAGUACCCGCUGACCAGUAUCACUUGACCGUAUCGCGGGCUCAGGUGUCGACCCGUCGAGGUCAAGUAUUUUUUGCAGUUAUCCGCUGACAAGUAAACUAGUUUUCAAGUGAUCGCAGCCUCAAGUUCAAUUUUUUUCUUAAUUCAUAUGAAAUAUGUUGUGUUUAUGUGCUGCACAAUUAAAAUUUUGAUUGCAAACUCACCUCGGACGUGAAAAUUCAGCCAGCUGUUACAGGCAGGGAAGACAGUUGCUUUUGGUCACGCGUUGGUCACGCUCUACGUCCAAUUUUUAUGCUGUGAUUGGUCAAAAUUUGACAGGUGAGUUCAUGCGCAAAAUUUAUGCAGCAUCUUGAAUCUUGUUUACUUUAACAGCUGAAGCUGACAGAGUUUUGUGUCAACUUGUGAUGUUUUUAACUGUCUUUUUCCACUGGAUGUACAAAAUGAAAUUCAGCUGCUAUCAGGAGUCUUCUGUUACUCAUGGCUAGUUUGUUUAUUGGGUUUUUGGUUGAGAAAACGUCGCUUGUCAAAGUCGGAAAUCCGAUUUCGGAUGGCAUCGUUUUCGUUUUUACCUUGCUUGAUGCGUAAGAGGAUUGCAAAGUCUGAAGCGAUACUGGCUUUACCUGAUAACUUUCAGGAGCUGCAUCUCGAAUGGUAAGCCAGAGAAAUUAUUGUAUUUCAUGUUUGUUUUUUGUAUCUAAUUUAAUGAAGUGGAGCGUAGUUUAUGCGGGAAUUUAGUUUAUGCGCGUUUGUAAGAUUUGAGACAACGAUCUCACCGAGUAUCUGGUUUGAUAUAAUCUUACAGAACUUUAAAAAGCCUUUAGACAGUUUCUCACCGCAAAUAGAAAGAAAAUGUUCCAAAGAAUCUUUAGUUAUAAUUCUGGCCGGAAAAGAAAGCUUUGAGCGAUUUUCUUGCCUCGAGUUCGUCUCUGAAAAAACAAACACCGGGAAGCAGGCUUAAAACAUAAACUUCAGCAACCUUAAGCUUGAAGCUUGAAGACUCAGGAUAUUUAGGGACACUUUAAUACUUGUCUUCCUGAAUGAAAAUUGUUGUCUCUGUUUAUGUUUCACCGAAUUAUAUUUCUUUUAUUGAUUGUUAGUAGUCUCUCUUGCAAUUUUAAUCGCUAUGCCGAUUGUUUUCAGUCGUUCAGUGAACAUCGCUUGCAGGAGUUCUCAAAAUGCCGCGCGUUAAACCAUCAAAUAAAAAAUAAACAUGAUAAAUUCUUUAUUAUCUUGGAGCGUAACUCUGUUAAUGUUCAUUCAAACACUCGCUACAGCUCGCACUACAAAAGUGAGAACCGGAUGGCCGUAUAGGUGAUUUUGGAAAAUUUUUUUAACAGUUUAUGAAUAUUGAAUGAGAGCAAUUUGUAUUGUGAAAUACUACUUUCUGUCCAUGGUAUAAAAGGUUGGUUUACACGCGCCCAGAUUUGUUGGCAAGAUUUUGCAAAGUAAACUUGUCGAACGCCAAAACGUUGGCCUGGAUUUUUUUUCUAAGCCUAAUUGAUCUACGGUGAUCAAUAGCCAUUACGACUCUUAAAUGUGAUAAAAGAUGAUUACCAGUUUUUGAGUGUACAUAUGAGGCUAUCAACUCGAUGUAAGAUUUGGUUCACUCUUGGGCUGUUUGCAAAUUAUUUUUCUCUAAAAUCAGGUAGCCUUUCCCUCAAAAGUCACAUAAAUGUGCUCUAAAGUUAACUGAAUUGUGGAAUUCGAAUACAAGUUUAUUGUUUAAUUUAAAUUAUAAAUUUACUAAUGGGAGCCUCGCUUUUAGCCCUGGCUAAAUCUAUAUAUUACUGAGGAGCAACGCGAAAGAGAGCAAGAGAGAAACAGAGAAAGGAGGCAAAAUUUUGCUGACGAACAACGGGGAAAAGCGCAAGAAAGAGAAAGGGAAAGGCGACAAAAUUUCACUGAAGAGCAACUGGAGAAUGAACGAGAGAGAGCAAGAGAAAAUAGACGCCUAAUAAGCGACGAGCGGCGAAGAAGGGAGCGAGAGACAGCAAGGGAAAACAGGCGUCGUAUAAACGAAAACGAACGAGAAGGA